AUGCUGUUUCGGCGCAUGGCCGGCGGGCUGGUCAGUCUGCUAUGUUUUACUCUUUCGUCGCUACCUAUAGCUUCCACCACAGGUGUAACAGGUGCUUAUGAGCGGAUUGGCCCGCUUUACCAGACAUACCGCAUCGCCGUCGCCACUUGGACUGCCAAGCAAACCAAAAUACUGCCGGGCCUCGCUGAAUUAGGGGGGUCUCACCCGAACGGAGGUGCUAAUUUCAGAGAAAUGAUCAACUUCAUCGAUUACGGUUACGAAGAUGGGAAUGGCCUGACCGAAGACUGGUACAAGGAGCAUGAGAUCGACCUCAACGACCCGGAACCGCAUAAGACUGCCGUGGAGAUGGACUACUUUGGCAAAACGGGGAAUAUAGACCUGGGCCGCCUCUUUGCGGGCAACGUAGCAUUGUGGAGUGAUGCCAUUAGUAGGAUUCGAACAGUCUUGAAAUCAGCCAACGAUGAGAUGAAGGAAAAGGGUAAAAUAUCGGACCUCGAUCACUACAGAGAUAGGCUGGAGGUGUGCCAUAAGGAGAUUUUGAAGCUCCGAGGGAGUGACAUGGUAGGCGGUAGUAACGGGAAAAAGGCAUUGGUGCAAGCCAUCAAAAAGAAGUGGACAGGUGCCCUUGUUGAAGUCAAGGUGGAGGAUUGGGAACACGACUCGACUGUGAGGAUCUUUUCCCUUGAUGAGAACGACAUCGUCGCCAAAUCUCCUCCUGGCCUAUUUACCGUGGAAGAAGUCAAAGCAUUUACAGGAUCCUACGGAACCAAUGAGCAGGAUUCAGGCGUGGCAAAGAAUCAUUUCUCGGUUAUCAAAGAACAUGAAACUACCAAGGAUGCUGAAAAGGAGUGGAGAGCUAAACCCAACUGCUAG